AAAAAGAAUCAAAAGCAGAGAGAGAGAGAGAGAGAGAUAAAUACAAAGUAAAAUAGAAAAGAGAGAGAAACACAAACAGUACCAAAAAAUUGAGUAAGUGAGUUGAGUGAGAAGAAAGCAUAUUAGCGGAAAUGGCUGUCUCAGUGGCGAUCUUAGCCAUCAUCAUCUCUCUCCACCUCAUCGCUUUCGUCUUUGCCGUCGGCGCUGAACGACGUCGUAGCACGGCUAAGAUUGUUCCUGAUGAGUACGAUGAGAGAACGUACUGCGUGUACGCCUCGGACGCGUCGACGGUGUACGGGUUGUCGGCGUUUGGGCUGUUACUGAUAAGCCAAACGGUGCUUAACGGCGUUACAAGGUGUCUCUGCUUCGGUAAAGGCCUUGUCACUGGCCGCUCCACCACUUGUGCCAUCUUCUUCUUCAUCCUUUCCUGGAUUAACUUUUUGGGAGCGGAGGCGUGCUUGUUGGCCGGGUCAGCGAAGAAUGCGUACCACACCAAGUAUCGGGCGCUCUUUAAAGUAGAGCAUUUGUCGUGUGCCACCCUGCGCAAAGGCGUGUUCGCGGCUGGAGCAGCUCUAACAUUGUUGUCACUGCUGGGUUCAGUUCUUUACUACUGGGCUCACGCCAGAGCUGAUACUGGUGGAUGGGAGAAGCAUCAGAAUGAGGGCCUUGGCAUGACAACUUCUAGUUUUGCACCACAUCAGCAGCAGCAACAGCAAACCGGUGAAUUUCAGAAGGCCUAAUUGUGUGCUGUGAGUGUGUUGAAAGUGCACAGUUUUGGUGACUUUUGUUGAGCUAGAAAAUGGAUAGACAAAGCCUCAAACUUUACCUUAAUGAACUGGAGACGUAUAUAUAUAUAUAUAUAUGUAUGUCAAUUUAAUUGUUAAAGAGUAUAGUAUUGUGUCUGUUGAUAUUUGUAAUUGUGUUUUCGGACCGAAAUUAAGUACUUUAAAAUCGUACUUGGUCUUUA